GCUAAUUCAGUUCCCUUCACAACACCACAACGUCUUCCGAAACCACUGAGUUCUAACAACACACCACGCUCCUUACAUCGCCCACCGCUAGCUGACGCAGCAAGAAAUUAUAUACGGAGUGCUAUUCUUGAAAUUCGCGCAUUCUUCACCCUACUUUCCCCCCCCCCAAGCAGCCAAAAUGCCCACGACAGACCGUACGAAAGAGUUCCGCGCAUGUGUCGAGUCCAUGCGAAGUCGUUCAUCGAUCCCCACCCGUGAUACUCAGUCAAAACAGCGGCCACUCUCGACUCAAAAGAGCGAGUUCUCUCGAAUGGCGUCAACUAUAGGAAAGGACUUGGCGACUACUGCGGCAAAGCUGGAUAAGCUUGCUCAACUUGCGAAGCGAAAGACUCUGUUUGAUGAUCGGCCAGUUGAAAUUAGCGAACUUACAUUCAUAAUAAAGCAAGAUAUCGCCAACCUUAAUAAGCAAAUAUCGGCUUUGCAGUCAUACGUGAAGCAACAAAAAGCAGGCAAUAAAUCCGGUUCGAGCAAACAAAUCGAUGAACACAAUACGAAUGUGGUCACACUGCUGCAAAGCAAGUUGGCGUCGACGAGCAUUAACUUUAAAGAGGUCUUGGAGAUUCGCACGCAGAAUAUGAAAGAGUCCAAAAAUCGAACUGAGCAAUUUAUGUCUAACGCUGCAUCCGCAGCCGCCCAGAAUCCUCCGUCACAAAGCUCGCUCCUCUUCACGACCUCCUCGAGUCCUAAAAAAUCAAAUAAGGGCAAGGGGCGUGCCAACGAUGAUGAGUUACUCGCUUUAGACUUGCACUCGGCUGAAGAGAGUAUUGGGAUGAAUGGGGGUCAACCUUACGGGGAUGGAGGAUACCACCAAAUGCAACUAGUAGAGCAGCAGGAUGAUUACAUCCAACAACGCUCAACAGCCAUCACCUCGAUCGAAUCGACCAUCGCCGAGCUUGGCCAAAUCUUCACUCAACUAGCGACGAUGGUGGCGGAGCAGCGUGAAACCGUUCAGCGUAUAGAUGCAGAUACGAUAGACAUUGCAAACAACGUUGGCGGGGCACAGAGGGAGUUGCUCAAGUAUUAUGCUAGUAUCAGUUCCAACAGGUGGUUAAUGAUGAAGGUUUUCGGUGUGCUUAUUGUAUUUGUGAGUGACUUCCUACUUUUCAUUCUAGUUUCAUAAUACUUUGUCAUUCGGACUUUUGAUGCAUCUUGUGUUUUCUUUGUCGUUCUAUCUAUACCUUGGGGCUGGCGCAAGCCCUUAUCCCGCCA